GUACCAAGCCGACCUACUUUCACACUUAACAUGCUUCAAAAUUAAGCAUCUCUCUCUCUCUCCAACAUCACUGAUCCCAAACUUCUCUUCCCGCCAUGCCUAACCUUUUCUUCCUCCUCCUCCUCUUCCUCCAUCUUUCUCUCUCCUCUCUCAUCUUAGUCCAAUCUUCAACUCUCCCCUCAGACAUCUCAGCCCUCCAAGCCUUCAAAUCCUCAAUCAAACCCACCUCAAUUCCCUUCUACUCCUGCUUAGCCUCCUGGAACUUCACCUCCGACCCUUGCUCCUCUCCUCACAUCACCCACUUCACCUGCGGCCUCACCUGCUCCACCACCUCCGCCGCCGCCGCCAGAAUCACCCAACUCACCCUCGACCCCGCCGCCUACUCCGGCACUCUCUCUCCCCUCAUCUCCAAGCUCACCCAACUCACCAUCCUCGACCUCUCUGACAACAACUUCUUCGGCCCAAUCCCCUCUUCUCUCUCCUCUCUCCCCAACCUCCAAAUCUUCACACUCCGAUCCAAUUCCUUCUCUGGUUCUGUACCACCCUCCAUUUCCAAUCUCAAAUCCCUUCAAUCUCUUGAUUUCUCUCGUAAUUCGCUUUCUGGGUCGUUGCCAAACACCCUGAAUUCACUCACCAGUUUGAGAAGACUCGACAUUAGCUACAACAAAAUCACUGGUUCAAUCCCCAAACUUCCAUUGAACUUGCUAGAACUAGCUUUAAAGGCCAAUUCUCUAUCUGGGUCUCUCAAUAAAUUUUCUUUCGACGGGUUGACUCAGCUCGAGGUCGUCGAACUCAGCGAAAACUCCAUUUCCGGAACACUACAAAGCUGGUUCUUCCUCCUACCUUCUCUGCAACAAGUCGAUUUGGCCAACAACAACUUGACACUUGUCGAGAUCUGGAAACCCAUAAACCCCAACACCGAUCUCAUCGCCGUUGAUCUGAGUUUCAACGCGAUAGGAAGCUAUUUAUCCACGAAUUUCUCCGCUUAUCCUCUGUUAUCGUCUCUCUCGAUGCGAUACAAUCGGUUACGUGGACCAAUCCCGUGGGAAUUCAGCAAGAAACAGUCGCUGAAGAGGCUGUUUCUUGAUGGGAACUUCUUGAAUGGGACGCCGCCGAAGGGGUUCUUCUCCGGCGUGACGUCACUUUCCGGCAGCUUGGGGGACAACUGUCUGCAGAGUUGUCCGAUUGCUUCGCAGCUUUGUUCGAAAUCGCAGAAACCAACGUCGAUUUGCCGGCGAGUCUAUGGUGGAAAACCAAUAAAAACAAAAUCUCUGUCCAAAUCUCUGAUCGCGGCAAUGAAGUCUCCAUGGAUUCUCCUAACAUGCUCCGAGUUUCUCACAAUCCUAACCGUCGCCCUCGCCUCAUCUGACGCCGCUUGCCCCUCCGCCAACGGCGGCGAGGACCUGAAACCUCAGAGAAGAGAAGUGUACGAUGGCGGAAGAAUCUUCGAUAUCAGCCACAGGUUGAGACCCGACAUGCCAGCUUGGGGCUCCAAAGAUGGUCUCGGCCAGUUUCUAUGGCUUUCGGAGAGCAUGAAGAACGGCUCGUACACUAAUAACUCUGAAAUGAAGCUCCCGAUUCACACCGGCACGCACGUCGAUGCGCCUGGUCACGUUUCCGAUCGUUACUUCGAUGCCGGCUUCGAUGCCGAUUCUCUUGAUCUUGGACUACUCAACGGUCCAGCUUUGUUAGUUGAUGUUCCAAGGGACGAGAAUAUAACUGCUGAAGUUAUGAAAUCCUUACAUAUUCCCAUGGGAGUACGUCGUGUGCUUUUCAGAACAUUAAACACUGACAGACGACUUAUGUGGAAAAAGGAGUUUGACACAAGCUAUGUGGGAUUCACAAAAGAUGGGGCACAGUGGUUGGUGGAGAACACUGACAUCAAACUUGUUGGGGUUGAUUACUUAACUGUUGCUGCCUAUACUGAUUUGCUUUCUCCUCAUCUUGUUUUCCUAGAAGGCAGGGAUAUCAUUAUUGUGGAAUGCCUGAAACUUGAUGAUAUCCAAGUGGGAAUAUAUUCCGUCCAUUGCUUACCUCUAAGGUUGCUUGGCGCCGAGGGCUCACCGACCAGAUGCAUCCUUAUCAAAUGAAAUCAUUCUUCUGAGUGUUUAUAUUUUAGGUCUCUCUCUCUCUCUCUCAUCGGAGGUGAAUGAACUUUGGCUUCCCCACAGGAGUGAUGAAUUUGACGUAAAUUCACCAUUUGGGUGUCUGUCUUGGUUUUUGUUACUAUUAGAAUUAGUAUGCUAAUAUGUGGAGAAUGUGUUUCAUUAUUUCCCUUUCA